GAAUCUAGCCUUUCAUGGCUGCAGGGGGGUCAAGCCUCAAAGGACUGAAGCACUCUUCCCUUCACCUAGGGCAUAUUUAUUUACUCUUUUUUACAGUUGAGAUAGUUAAUUUCCAUACCUUCAAAGCAACCCAAAAGGAGCUCCCAGAGACCAAAUGCCAGGUGCAAAUUACUUGAUUUAUCAAGUACCAGGGUUUUCCAGGUUUCCUGGACCAAGUUUUGCAUAGGCCUUUGAUCCUUGGGGGACUCUCUGAUCCUUGACUCUCAAACAAGAUUCACAUAGGGUGAUAAGAGGAACAAAAGGUAAGAGAAACAAAAGGUAUGGCUAAACAAAGGAAGGAUUAGGGCUAGGUGCUGCUCUCUGGAGUCAAGCCAGGAAGUCAGCAGGAAUGCCACUACAUGGGCCCUUUUGAAAUGACUCAAUUUUCUUUCCUAGUUCUUCAAUUCUGUCCCAAGCAUUCAAGGCUGCCAUUCAUCAUAAAGCCAGGGUGUAGUCAUCAUAUAGAGAUUGCCUUUCUAUAUUAGCAUAAUCUCCCUCUACAAGACGUUGAUCUUGGGAGAUUUCCAUACCUCUAGCCCUAUUUUGUUGUUCAAUGGUCUUAGCUUCAUCCUUCCACCAGGUCCUCCAUUGUAAUUGGGGACCAGCUUCUAAGACAACUGUAACCAAAUCUUUCCAUUAUUGAGGGAUAAUUCUAUUACAAGUUGGCCAUGAGCUUAACAUCUGCUUUACAAAUAGGGAAUGCAUACCAUAUGACACUAUUGCUUCUUUGAAUCUCCUCAAAUCUAACAUUUGCACAGGAGUCCAGUCAGCUCUUAACACAGCCUUUAGCAUUUGGCAGUUCCUGUAAGGUUACUGCAUAGAUUAAGGUUGGCUGUUUGAAAGCCUUAGAUUGUUUCUGUAACCACAUAAUGCAAUGCUGAGAUUGGUUCACCUUUAAAUUCCUCUGUCUGGGUCUGAAUAUCUCUAUGAUCUCUUAACAAGUUUUUCUAAAAUUUUUAUCUUGGCACUCAACAUUAACCAACUUUUUAAAUGAUAAAACAGAAAUGAUCAAACAAAUAAUAUUUAUAAUUGACAUUACAUACAUUCCAUCUAUAUUAAUUAUCCUCUCAUUUAAUUGUUCCAUUUUCAGACCGUCAAUUGUAUUAUCAAAUAGAGACCAAAUUCCCUCCAUUGUAAAAAUGUUUCUCCUUUUUUAAUGUGAGAAAAACUAUUUUUUAACUAAUUUCUCCCUUUAAGAAAUCUCAAUUGUCUCACCAAAUCUGCCGAAAAUGACGAUUCAGAUGUGAGACUGACUGCUUCUGCAUAGAACAAUAGAAGCCCAAGCAGGUUUUAAGGCAGCUACCUAGUGUGGUAGCAGCCUGAGUUGGGGAUCCAGGGAGAGCCCGUAACCCACCAGGAGAGAAGAAGCCAAAGAGCCAGCCAUCUGCACGAAGGACUGAGAAAGUGACUAAUUCGUAUGGUUUUUGGAGCCCAAAAAAAACUAAUGGAGUUUGCUGCAGAGAGGUUGCAACAAAAAUUUAGCGAGCAGGUUAGGGAGUCUGGCCCAGCCAGGGGGAGAUUCCAGGCACAUGCAGCUCAGGUCUGAGCCAGGGUCUGCAAGACCACAGGCAAGCAACUUUUUCUUUAAUUCAUGCCCCACAAGUUGGACGCCAGAUGUUGUUUGAAUCUAGGAUGGUCUUUUAAUAAAAAACCCAAAGCUAUAUAUCAGGGUGAAAACUGAAAGAUCAGAGAAGCAGAACAGCCAACCACUAGUUCUUACCUCUAUGAAAUCCUCUGUCUAAAGAGAGUGAGUUCCUGUUUCCUCAUGCCUAAUAUAUCUUUCUCUGCCCAGACAUCACUUCAUGGGAUUAAAGGCAUGUGUGCUUCCCAGUACUGGGAUUAAAGGUGUGUGCCAACCCUGCCUGACCUCUAUGUCUAAUCUAGUAGCUGGCUCAGUCCUCUGAUCCUCAGGCAAAUUUGUUAGGAUACACAAUAUAUUGCCACAGCAAACAACUUCCCAAACUAUAAAAAUGACAGAGACAGCUGGCUGCCUGGAUAGUCACCCACGAUUUCUCUGCAACAUCCAGCUUCAGUCUACAGGCCUAGAAUAUGUGACAGACAUUUCUGUGAAGUCCUGUCCUACCUUGUCUUGACAAAGUUUGGCAGUAGCCUUCUUUUGUUUCCUGCUUGUCCAGUUUGGACAGCAUCUGUCAGCAGUUGAGGCAAGAACAGUUUCUUGCCCAGUGGCUAACUUCACAUAAAUGAAAGAAAACUCCAUAUGGAGGUUCUUCAAUGCCGAUCAUCUUUUCUGAAGUAAAUUGGUAUUGACAGGAGCAGAUGUACCUUACUGUCAUGAAAAGCCUUAUGUUAUUAAAACAUCUUACUAUGCCAUAUUCUGUAGGUCUCUGAAGUGUUUGAAGACCAUCUUUCUAUCUAAACUACAUCUCUGUUUGACUUUGAAAACAUACCUAAUAUGACUGCAAGUUUGAUUGUUAUAGAUGACUAACUAGUAACCUGCAUUUCUUAAUUAUCCUAAAUAGUUUGUAAUAAUAGCUUUCAAGGAUAGAACUUUACAUUACAUUUUUUUUUUUUUUUUGGUUUUUUCCAGACAGGGUUUCUCUGUGUAGUGUUGCGCCUUUCCUGGAACUCACUUUGGAGACCAGGCUGGCCUCAAACUCACAGAGAUCCACCUGACUCUGCCUCCCGAGUGCUGGGAUUAAAGGCGUGUGCCACCACCGCCCGGCCUACAUUACAUUUUUAAAUGAGCAGCAUAGGUACAAUAACUUAAACAAGAGUAGAAACACACACACACACACACACACACACACACACACACAAAUUAUGUUAAAACAAAAAUAACCUUAAAUUUGUAUCAAUAUACAAAAAUCCAUACGAAUAUAAAAUAUUUGAGACUAGUAGUUGCUUUUUAGUCUAAAAGUAGAUUCAGUAAUCUGCCCUUUUAUCCUAUCAUUCCUACAUCCCCCUAUUUUCUUUUCAGAAAGCAAUCCCUGAAUCUAACUUCCUUUGCUUAGUUUUUUCCCCUGACUAUGACCAGUAACAACUUGCAACCCAUCCCCUAAGUGAUGACAAACAUUCAGAACUUACCAAACAACCAAAAACCACCCACCCCACUACUUUCUGCUGUCUAGAGGACAUCUUUAGGGGGCCCUGAGAAAAUUGGGAUAAUGGUCAAGUCCUGGGAGAGCUGGCUGUAUCAUUUGUUGUCCAGUCUCUGUGUGAUGGGAAAGUGCAGGGCUUGUCUGAAGUCCUGGCUUGAGUAGUAAGUGAGGCUGGACCCUCUCAGCUAGCAGCUUUGAAGUUGUCCUGAUCAAUUUGUAGUCUGAAACUGAUCUUUGGGUGAUAUUUGUCAUCUUAAUGGCAUUACUACAGUCCUGGUAGCUUUGUCCUUGCAGGGCCCCAUAACCUUUAGGAGACCUCAAAAGUCACUGUUAGGAAUGGCCGUGGUUCACUGCAGAAAACUUACACAUUUUAAAUGUCAUAUACAGCCAAUCUCUAAAAGGUUAGAAGGCCACAAUCUAUUAAGUACAACCAGGGUACACAAACUUAGUUCCAAAUUACCUGCUUCAGACUCAAACCUGAAAACAUGCACAGAAAGCUAGAUGAAGCUUAUUUCUAGAAUUAGUACUCUGUAUGGCUACUAAUAUCCUGAGAGAAAGUUUAUAUAUACACAUAGUAAACUUGUGUAUUUUGAGAUAAUACUGGAGUUAUAAGUAGUUGUAAGCUGCCUCAUGUGGGCGCUGGGACUUGAACUCAGGUCCUCUGCAAGAACAAUACAUGUUCUUUCCCCCCCCCCACCCCUCCCCUCCCAACAAUACAUGUUCUUAGCCACUGAGCAAUCUCUCCAUGGGUGCUUGGACUUGAAUUCUGGUCCUGUGCAAGAACAAUCCAUGUUCUUAACCACUGAGCAGUCUCUCCAGCUCCCCUGGGCUCAAUUUUUGCUGUUGUUGUUUGUUUGAAGAGAGAAUCUUACUAUAUAGCUCUUGCCGGCUUAGAACUCACUCUGUAGACCAGGCUUGCCUCAACUCACACAUAUCCAACUGCCUCUGCCUCCCUGAGUGGUGGGAUGAUAGGUAUUCACCACCACACCCAGACCAUGCUCAGUUUUACAUGCUGUUGUGGGUUUUUUUUUUUUAUAAUAAUCCAUGUGAGAGGCUGGGCAUGGUGACACACAACUUUAGUCCCAUCACUCAGAAAGUAGAAAUCAGGUGGAUCUCUGUGAGUUCCAGGCCAGCCUGGUCUACAUAUUGAGUUCCAGGAUAGCCAGAAUUACAUAGUGAGACCCUGUCUCAAAUAAUAAUAAUAAUAAUAAUAAUAAUAAUAAUAAUAAUAAUAAUACAUGUGAAAAAGGUACAGAUAACCAUGCUGAUUAAGCCAAUUAAAAUGAUCUGAGUCUUUUAUUGACUAGUGACCAAGAGCUGGUUUAGGUUUAUGCCUCUGAGUCUUUUGGUGAGGAAGCUCAGGGUACAAUGUUUUUAAAGGCAAAACCUACAAAGACCAUAAUUUACUUCAAUGUUAGAUGAAGGUCAGAGUAACCUUGAAACAUUCAUUUCUGACAGAGCAUAGUAAUUUUUUCCAGAUUAUGUCAUAUUAUUUCAGACAUAUCAUGAUGGUUAUUUGCUGGUGGCCAUGUCAGGAGCAGCAGAGAGUGUCAUCCCAUCAGGAGGGAAAUCCCUGAUAGGUAAAUCUGGGUUAGGCAAGGCCCUGAGACCACAGACCCCAGAGUGUCUUUUGCUUCUGCUGUCCCUUUACAUGUUUGCCCCUGCCAUCUUCUCUGGUAGCUGGCAUGGUGUGAAUGGGUGUGGGGAGAUCCCCACUGCCUGUAAUGUAGUGUGUUUUUCUCAUGGAAACAUCCUGUUCUACUGGGUGUUUUUACCUGUAGAUUAAUAUGAAGAAGAUUCCUUCCUAAGCUGUACUGUCUAAUUGAUAAUAAUAGUGUUAGUUUAUACAGAGUUUUGAUGAAUAAAAAUAAAUACAAGAAAUGUCACACAGCUAAAGCCUAUGAGUUUCACCUAAGGAGCUGCAUAGAUCACAGUUCAGGUUAAUGAUUAAGGAAAACAAUUGAGUCCCCAGGAGCCAGGCUGGCUCCAAUUCUCUUAAUACUGAAGGAUACAGUCACAGGUUUCAGUGUGCAUAAUUAACUGAAACACAGCCUUAAAAUAACUUCAGGUUAGACCAGUUGUUUUGAUAAUAGCUUUGAGAUAAACAAACAAACAAACAAACAAAAAACAGAAAACAAUCUAAAGCUCACAAGGACACAUAACUGAGUUAGAGAUUCAUUAGGUGAGGAUAAAAAAAUAGAAAGCAGCCAAUAGUUGAUAGCUGAUGUACUUUCCUUGCUAGGUUUGGUUGGUGAUCAAAGGUGAUGAUUAAUUUCUUGUGCCCAUUUCUGCCCUCAAUUUCCUGAUAUAAAAAAGUAUUGAUGAGUGGGUAGGUACUCUAAACCUUUAAAGUAGAGCUGACUGAUUCUUUUCUUUUUUUUUCUUUUUUUUUUUUUUUGGUUUUUCGAGACAGGGUUUCUCUGUGUAGCUUUGCGCCUUUCCUGGAACUCACUUGGUAGUCCAGGCUGGCCUCGAACUCACAGAGAUCCGCCUGGCUCUGCCUCCCGAGUGCUGGGAUUAAAGGCGUGUGCCACCACCGCCCGGCCGAAAGCUGAUUCUUUUCAAUAUAUAAAAGUUUAGGUUUGUGAUUCCUUUAAGAUCUUUGUAAGGUUACUUUCAAGAUAAGUAAUAAAAUAAGUGCCCCCCCUUUUUUUCUUUUUUGUAACUGCAAAACUACAACCUGCCAAAAAAAGACCUGGCUGAGAAAAAUAUCUUGCUUGCCUACACAGUUAAUCUAUAACAAGUUGCUUGGGUAUGAAUGUACCCUGGGGCAUAGCUGUGUGGGCUUCGAAGCUCCUGCAACCCAGAAACACUCUGGCACAGGCAGAGUGGUGGGGCUGUGUAGCUGCACCAUGGCCACAUCAGCCUGGUGCUGCCUGCAUUGCUGCAGGGACAGCAGGACCCGCCAUAUUCCUCUCAAGGAGAUGCUGGCUGUACUGCUGGACAUGCAGCCCAUGGGAAGAGAUGUCAUGGUGAAGAAUGGAAGAAGAAUCCGAGGCACAGGAGGUUUUUUUUUAGCUAGUGUGCUUCUUCAUCAGAACAAAAGCUACUUUGAGUUCAAAAUCCAGUCUACUGGAAUCUGGGGUAAAGGUACUGCAACUCAGAAAGUUAACUUGAACUAGAUUCCUCUUGGCUGACACAUGCAUAGUCUGGUGAUGAGAAAUGAAGGGGCCCAACAACAAUGACUCUAACCAGUUUAGAAUGAUGCCGUUGUACCUAAGAACACUAUUCAAUGAUCAGCUUUGGACUGCAAACACUUCAGAACAGUUUCAAGAUGAGAUGGUCCAUUAUAUUACACUUCUAGCCAGAACCUCAGAUAACUUUAUCCAUUACUCUGAGACUAGCUACAAACAUUACAGCUAGUCCUAUUGAGACUUAACCAUUUAGCUUUCUUACACGAUGUUUCUAAACAGCAAGAAGCAAUUUUAAGAGAAUGAUGUCCCCUCUCCCAAAAGUUUUCAUUCAGGGUUAUGGAUAAGUUGUUAUAGGGUUGGGGGUAGAACAAUAAAAAUUUAGACUCAGGAUUCCUUUUUGGAAAAGAAAAAAGGGGAAUGGAUAGGUACAGUAUAUUGAGGUAGAUUAUUGUGUCUACUAGCAAACUAAUUUAGCUAACUAUCGGCCUUAGAUAAUUUACACUGAUAUGGAUUCUUGUAUAUUGAUACAAAUGUAAACCAUUUUUAUAUUCCCAUUUAAGGUAAUUUGUAUAUUGAUACAAAUUCAAAACUAUAAUCAUUAUAUUGUAUACAUGUUCCUACUCCUAUUUGAAGUAUUUUAUUGAUACAAAUGUAAAAUUAUAUUUGUCAUACUAUAUGUAUGUUCUACCUCUGCUUAGGAUAUUUUGUAUAAAGAUGCAUAUUAGGGAUAUUGUUAUCACAUUGCACUAUACAUUUCUACCUCUGUUUUAAGAUAUUUUGUGCAUUGUCACAAAUUUUGAGGUCAUUGUCCUUAUACUGUACAUCUGUUUACAGACUGUUUACCUUGUUAAUGUGAAGCCUUAGUCCUUAGGUUAUUUAGGUAGAUAAGACUUACAGAUUUAUAGUCACCCAUGCUUGUCAUAUCUAUAGUUUUGUCAGUUAGAUUUUCCAGAUUUACACAAACUUAUGUGAGAUGGAUAGGUCAUCUUCAAACAUUUCAUAGACCUAGAGAAUAUGGCAUUUAAAUGUUUUGAUAACUUAGAAUUCUGUUGACAUGAGACAUGAUUGAUCCUGGCAGCACUGAUCUACUCCUGAGACAAUGUUGGGAUUCUAAGACACUCUGUUUGGAAGUCUGUCUUCUUCCUUGAACAAAAUGGCUGCUGGGCAAAGAACUGCUCUUGCCUCGACUGCUCACAAUAUGCACACUGUUCUUUCCAGAUGAGCAGGACACAAGGAAAAGAGACCACUGAACUCUGCCAAGACAGGGUAAGAUGGUCUUUCAAAAUUCCUGUUUCUGAAAGUGGUCUGUCAGAUAUUCUAGGCCUGUAGCCAAAUUGGAUGCCCCAAUGGUGCUGAGAAACUUUAGAUGACUGUCCUGGCUGCCAGCCAUCUCUGUGUAUUCUUGCAAGAAUUUCAGAAAUUGCUUGCUUGCAUUUUCUAUUUUCUCAGGUAUUAUUAUGUUCCUUCUCAGGUCUUUGAUGGGAUUGAUGACUAGAUAGUUACAGUUAUAAUCCUCUCAUAUCUUAGCUAAGAACAUUUCAGAUACUAAGUUAGAUUUUUUUUUUAAAGAUUUAUUUAUUUAUUAUGUAUACAGUGUUCUGUUUGCAUGUAUCCCUGCAGGCCUGAAGAGGGAGCCAGAUCUCAUUACAGAUGGUUGUGAACCACCAUGUGGGUGCUGGGAAUUGAACUCAGGACCUCUGGAAGAACAGCCAGUGUUCUUAACCUCUGAGUCAUCUCUCCAGCCCCUGUUAGAUUUUUUUAGGAUAGGACACACCAUUUACCUAUGUUCUGGACAUCUCUAGAUUUUAGUAUGUGUCUCUUGUUUGAUGUUGUUCUUGCUGGUUGUAUUUCUAUUUUUGUUUAAGUUAUUUCUUUUCCCCUCUCCUGGACAAUACUUGAUAAUCAUUCUUAUUGUUUAUAGUUUUGUAAUAGGUUAGAACAUUGUGGUUGAUAUAUUGAGCACCCUCAUAAACUUAUUUGAGGGUCAGAGAACAGAACAGCCACUAGAUUAGACAUAGAGGCCAGAAAAUGAUGGCACACACGCCUUUAGUCCUAUCAUUUGGGAGGCAGAGAUCCAUUCGGAUCUCUGUGAGUUCAAGGCCACACUGGAAACAGCCAGGCAUGGUGGCACACACCUUUAAUCCCAGGAAAUGAUGGCAGGAAGCGGAAAGGUAUAUAAAACGUGAGGACCAGGAACUAGAGGCUUUUAAGCUUUUAGGCUUUUUAGCAGCAUUUCAGCUGAGAUCCAUUCAGGUGAGGACUCAGAGGCUUUCAGUCUGAAGAGGCAAAAUCAGCUGAGAAGUUGGUGAGGUGAGGUUGUCUGUGGACUUUUCUGUUUCUCUGAUCUCUGAACUAUCACCCCAAUAUCUGGCUCCAGGUUUUCUACUUAUAAGACCUUUUAAGAUUCAUGUUACAGAAUGUUCUUAUUUAGACAAAAGGGGGAGAUGUAGUGGGUAGCUGUUCUGUCUAUGACCUUGAAGCGCAGCCCCUACAGAUGUAGCAGGUAACUGCCCUACCUACCUAUGACCUUGAAGUACCUGUCCCUGGGACAUGGCUCAGGGCUACCCUUAAUACCUGAGACACACACACACACACACACACACACACACACACACACACACACACAAAGACCUGAGACACAUGUAGGCUCUCUUCUCUCCCUCAUGGGCUUGAAUGUGGGACUGACUCAGGCAGCUAGAACAGUGGUCCAGAACCUGUGACAAUUCUGUUCUGUACAGUGAGUUUUUCUCCCCUAAUAAAUUCCUUUGCCCUUCAAGCAGACUCCAUGGAUUUCUCACUUUAUAUGUGGGUUCCUGGGAUAAUUUUUCACCUGCAAUAUGUAAAAUGUUUAAUCGUGUAAGGGAUAUGGAAAACAUGCUGGGUUUUUUUACUGUUUGUUUUGUAUUCAUUGUAAUCAUUCACUUGAAAAACAGAAUAUAACCACAUUGUAAUUUUUAUAUUGCCUGAAAGAUUUUGCUGGGAUAUACAAGCUCUAAGAAAAAGAAUAAAGAUGGAGUUAAAAUGGGCUAGAAUGAAAACAUCAAGAGCGUUCUGGUCCCCCAGGCAGCAAUAGUCAUUUUUCUACUUACACCUUCUUCAGUUAAUGCUAAGUUUGUGUUAAUAUUAGUUAUUUUGGUUAAUACAUCUGAACCAUGGUCAACGUCUUGGAAAUCUCAACUGUGCUGGCAAGGCAGACAUGACUCUUAUGGCCGUAGAGUGCUGAGAACCAUCUAAGCCAGCUUGUAGCUAGAGGUUUUCUCUCUGGGUCCCGCCAAGUCCCGGCAGUUCCAUAGCUCACUUAUGAAAUAAACAUACAGACGCUUAUAUUAUUUAAACCGCUUGGUCAUUAGCUCAGGCCUACCAUUGUCUAGCUCUUACUCUUAUACUCAGCCCAUUUCUGUUAAUCUAUAUGUCGCCACAUGUUCCGUGGCUUUACCUGCUGCCUCUACAUGAUGCUCCCUGGACCGCAGGCUGGCGUCUCCUCCUCUCCGCCGCCUUCCUUUUCUCUCAUUUUCCUCUCUGCUAGUCCCACCUAAACUUCCUGCCUGGCUACUGGCCAAUCAGUGUUUUAUUUGUACAGAGCGAUAUCCACAGCACCAGCUGUUAUCAACCUGUGAGUCAAGACCCCUUUGAUCAAAUGACCCUUUCACAAGGGUCAUCUAAAACCAUGGGAAAACAGAUAUUUACAUUACAAUUCAUAAGGGUAGCAAACUGUUGUGUUAUGAAGUAGCAACGAAAAUAAUUUUAUGGUUGGGGGUCACCACAGCAUGAGGAACUGUAUUAAAGUGUCACCAGUUAGGAAGGUUGAGAACCACUGGUGUAAGCAAACACAAAAUGGAAUCAGGACAAGAUGGCGUUACCUUAGUCCCUGGGUACUGAAUCAAGGACCAGGAAAGCACUUUGUCAACUGAUCUAUAAUCCCAAACAUUUGAAAUAGCCUUAUUAGGCUUGGCAGACCUGUUAUUGCCUGUGUUGCCCAGAAGAGCCUUGACCUUGUGUUGGUUCUCCUGACUCCUUUUUUGAGGGCUGGAAUCACAGGUGUGGGCCACCACACCCCUCGCUAUUUGGUUGGUGCUGGCCCUAGUACUUGCUAUGUAACUCCAGCUGGCUUUGAACUUGUGGCAAGCUUCCUGCCUCAGCCUCCAGAGUGCAGGGAUCAUAAGCAUGAACCACCAUACUGAGUUCAACUGUCUUUUUAAAAGAUCAUCAUGAGAAAAGGUCUUUUACGUUUACCAUCCCCCACCAUGUCACAAUUUCCCACAAUCUUCAUUUUGUGUAAAUCCAAAUUCCCUACUGCAUAAAUGUUUUCAAAGACUGCCUGUCAUGAACGUUUGCUACGUGUGAUUCUCUCUAUCUUCAAUUCUCUGAACAAUCCGGACUGCCUUAAAGUUUGAGAAGACAGCAGCCUGCGGUUCCCCCACCUGCUAAACUUCUUCCAGGAGGGUACGGAGACCCCAGGGCAACUCAGGAAUGGGCCAGAGAGGCAGAAGCCUUAGAGGUGUCUGCAACCUAGCUCAUGGGGAUCUGCCCCCAAGCUCCGGAUGGCACAUACUAUGCAGAGAGUUCCCAGCUCUGCCAGCACAUUCCUGCCUUUCCUCCGUUAAGCUCCGCCCCAGUGGGAGCGGUCACUGAAAGCUACUUAAUGCCGUGGGUACAAGUGUGCCAGCUACAGCAGCAGCUACUGGCUUCAAUCUUUAUAAAACAGUCUGCAUCUUUCCCUGUCUUUCCCUUCUUCCACACCGCCAUGUUCCAGUCGUCGUCGCGGGCCGUGCCCGCCACCGUGUUGGGUGCCAUGGAGAUAGGAAGCAGCUUGGAUGUGACCUCCAGCGCCGCGGUAGUGCGCGCCUUCCUGCAGCGGGGCCACACGGAGAUCGACACCGCAUAUGUGUAUGCAGACGGUCAGUCCGAGAGCAUCCUGGGGAACCUGGGGCUUGGACUAGACCGCAGGGGCUGCAAAGUGAAAAUUGCCACAAAGUCUGUUCCAAGCCUUGGGACACCAAGGACACUUGACAAUAUUCGGUUCCAGCUGGAGACGUCACUGAAGAGGCUCCAGUGUCCCCGGGUGGACCUCUUCUAUUUACACAUGCCAGACCACAGCACCCCUAUAGAGGAGACGCUGCAGACCUGCCACCAGCUGCAUCAGGAGGGCAAAUUUGUGGAGCUUGGCCUGUCCAACUAUGCCUCCUGGGAAGUGGCUGAGAUCUGUACCCUCUGCAAGAAAAAUGGCUGGAUCAUGCCAACUGUGUACCAGGGCAUGUACAACGCCACCACCAGGCAGGUGGAGAAGGAGCUCCUCCCCUGCCUCAGACACUUUGGAUUGAAGUUCUAUGCCUUCAACCCUUUGGCCGGGGGCCUGCUGACUGCCAAAUACAAAUAUGAAAUAGAAGAUGAGAAGCAGCCCUUGAGCCGCCUCUUUGGGAAGAAAUGGGAUUAUUUCUACAGGGACUGGGUAAAGGAAUAUUCCAGAACACAUCCCCAGAUCCACUCCCCCUCUGUAUUCCCUCAGGAAAGAGCAGGCCUCCAAGAGACAAUAACCAAACAUGACAAAAGAAGACACAAUAAGACAAGGCCAAAGCUCUUACACUGAGGCUGGACAAGGUAACCCAAUAGGAAGAAAAGAGUCCCAAGAGCAGGCAAACAAUUUUUUGAGACAAGAUUUCAUAUAUCCCAGACUGGUCUUGAACUUGCUAUGUGACUGAAGAUGACCUAAAUUUCCAGUCCUCCUGCCUCUACCCCUAGUGCUGAGAUUAAAGAUGUGUGCUGCCACACCCAUUCUAUGAAGAGGCAGUGACUGAACUCAGGACUUCCUGCAUGGCUAGACAAGCAUACCACCAAGUGAGCUACCUCCCUGCCACCAGCCCCCCAGGCCUGCAAGGAGUAGACCACACUCAAAAGACACCAAGCUACUGACCCCUGCACUUCCUUCCCUAUCCAAUCAGCUUUUGGAAGGAAGACCACUUCAAGGGCAUUGACCUCGUGAAGAAGGCCUUGCAGACCACCUAUGGCAACAGCGCCCCCAGCAUGACCUCGGCUGCCCUGCGCUGGAUGUACCACCAC